ACCAACAUCAUCAUCAGCCAGAAGUGGUCGGCAAAGGUCCAAAUUAUGCUUAUCGGGGCUCGAGUCGCGAAAUUGACCGAGGCCCAUAUCUCGCAUAUGCGCUGUUUGGGGCCUGAAUCUAUUGCCGUCGACAUUAAUUCUCGUAUAGAUGUAAUCAAAAUAGCUUCACGCUAAGUUGGCGGGGUCCUGGCGAGCGCGACAUAUAGCAUUUCAACUUGAGCUCUCGCUCAAAAUUAUGCCCGAGCACCAUCCAGGGACCUUAUUAUAUGUAAUGGGAUGUCAAUUCAUGGUCGGGGCGACAGUCUGGGCAUAGACCUUGCGAUCCCGCCCUUGACCCCCGGAGUGGUACCCGCGUGUCUGGUGCCACGCCGAGCUUAUCAGCCGCCUCUAUUACCUCUAUCUGGCGUGCUCGUCUCGGCAUCUGCGUUCGCGGUGAUCCUUUCAGCGGAAUCCUUGUGCUUGAUGAUAAGAUGGAAUGUAGAAGGGCUGCCCGGCACAUGCAAGAGGUCAUUGGUGCGGCUGCGCCUGACUUACUAGGGGGCAGGUUGUCAUGUGGAGCACUAGCCGAAUCCUUUAGCGGUAUCUGUGCCUUGACGUACAUCGUGUUUCUCCGCACUCCGAUGAGUGCAGUACUGGGUGCAAUGCGCCAGCUGUAGACCGAGCACGGUCCUUGGUACGUCUUGGUACAAUCCCCGGAGCUGCCCUGUGGGGUGGCCCCUACCUGACAGUCCCUGCUGUGCUGCCCAUCGGGCCGCUACGAAGAGUGGGCGGCACGUGGCGGCACCGAGUGCCAGCUGGAAGUUGGAACGGAAGCUGGGGACUUGCAGCAAGGCCUUGAGCACGUUUGAGCAAGGCUCCCACCGUCAACCGCUACCCGCAUGCCGGCGGUUGGCAGGCAGCCCCCCGUCUCGCAGCCCGAACAGUCUCUUAGCGUCCAAAGGGAUGUUUAUGGAUGCUUGGCUCAAAAGGACGCAGCUGGUUUAUGCAACUCGCAAAAUGAACACGACCCAAUCCGCACCGAGCCCUACGAAGCAAGGCGGGAUACAAUGUUGCUCUUUAUACUGCAUCUGAGAUGGCCAAGCAAGCGCACCCCAUGACCGCAGGCAAAGCGACCGACUGGGCGAUUCAACUU